ACCGUUUAAAAUCGUCGUCUGGAACACAUAUUUUUAAAUUCCACUUCUGCCAUGGGGUUAUUGCAAACAAUUGCUGUGUUGUUGUGUGUAUCGGCGAUUACAUAUGCUGACCCGCUCGGAAAUUUCGUGCCUCAAGAGCUCAUCGACUGUGUUAACAGACUAACGCCUUUAGCAAACUCCACUGGUCAAACGGCCUCAGUAUCCGCUGUUGACACCAAACAACGGGAAAAUGCUGGACUACAGGGUAGAGUAGAUAUUGCGAUUGACUACGCUGGCACCGAAGUGCCCAGACUGGAGACGCUAGAGGAUGUGCACUUAUUUUGUAUUCAGCAGUUCAUGUGGAAACCUUACAGGGUGCGCUGGGAGGACUACAACAUCACAAAGACGGACAUGGCAUUCCUAAAUGGCCUUCUUGAAUCCAUGAUGAAACCAACAAGGACUAAGCACUCAAGAAGCAAGCGACAGGUCGGUGGUCCAGGUGGUAUAUUCCCACCGACAGGAUUCCGAAUCAGACGGGAAUAUAGACGGAUAUCCGACCGGAGAAGGAAUGCAUUUCACGAAGCAGUGCGCAUGUUGAAAAUGAAUGGACAGUAUGACACGUUCGCCAAUCUGCAUCGAGGAAUUGUUACCGAUUCUGCACACGGUGGUGCCAACUUUCUUGGAUGGCAUAGAGUCUAUCUAGCCCUGUUCGAGGAAGCAAUACGGAGAAUUGACAGACGAAUUUCAUUGCCGUACUGGGACUCCACGCUUGACUUCGAAAUGGUCAAUCCGGCAAACUCAAUCGUAUUUUCACCGGCCUUCCUUGGAAACGGUGACGGAGUGGUUACCACGGGACCAUUCGCCAACUGGGCAGCACCGAAUGGUCCCCUGACCAGAAAUAUAGGUGGCGAAAGUUCGCUGUUCACCAAAGCAAUGAUCCGAAGGAUCAUGACGCGUUGUCGGACUCGCGAAAUCAUGCCACCAACUGCGCUACCUCCAUUUGACCUUGAAGGAUUCCACGGUGGUCCUCACCUUUGGGUUGGUGGACAGAUGAGAGAUGCUGAAACAGCCGCCCACGAUCCCGUAUUUUUCCUUCACCACGCAUUUGUAGACUUCAUUUGGGAAAUGUUCCGCAUGCACCAGGCCCGUGACUGUCGAGUAAACCCAAACGUUGACUAUCCCCAAGACGCACCUGUUCUACAUGCCGCAAUGAGACCAAUGGAUGGACUUCCAGGAUACGUGAACAUUGAUGGUUAUCGAAGCUACUGGAUGCGAAUGUGGUUUAGAUACGAACGAUCUCCCUCGUGUCCGGUUUGCGGCUCUCCAUAUUUAAGAUGCAACCCGGCCCGCGGAGUGUGCGUUUCUGUUGAACGUACGCUUGCUCCCGAUGAAGGAGCUCCAGGUGCUAUUGGUGCUUUCUCUGCUUUUGGAAGGGCAGCAUCCCCAAGCGCAGCUCGAGCAAGAGCUCAGGUCGCAAUGCUUCCCGUCGGUAGAAUAUUCCGCGGGCCUCCCUCUGAGCCAAGGACGCAGGCGGCUCAGGCAAGCAUGGCCGGCAUGGCAGCUUAAAGACGUAAGAAAAGGGCCUUACCGCAGGUCCUCUAAUCCACCUCAAUGGUGUGCCUUGUCGGUUCUUAGUUGAGCAUUUACAAUAAAAAUUACACCAUUUUCUCUCUAGUUUUCAACCUGAUGUCAAAUAAUUACUAUACCAUAAAUAAAUUUGAAUAGUAUUGCUUCCUAAGCGGUUAGUGUUGAGUGUCUGUCAUACAUAUGGGCAGUUAUUAAGAAAU